GGCAAGAUGUCUGAAUGUCUUGUAUUUAGAAUUGGUAAAGAGCAUUUAACAAAACCUCCUUAGGGUUUUCCCUAGGGUUUAACACUUCCCUGCCCCCGGAAACGAAAUUUCUCAGCGAAGAUCAAAUGUGAAAUUUCUUCAAAUUUCAAAUUUUAUAGUGCAAAAAGACGAUGGAAGCCAGAGUAGGAAUGUCUGGUCGCGGCGGCGCCGUAGUAGACGGCGGCCCCGGGUCGUUUCUGCCGCAGCACCACCACCAGCGUCAGAAAUACCAUCACUUCCACACGCAGCAGCAGCAGCAGCCUCAGAAUCCGCAGACGCAAAUUGGAACUGUGCCGCAGCUUCUCGCCGGCGGUAUUGCCGGAGCUUUCAGCAAGACCUGUACUGCUCCCCUAGCUCGCCUCACCAUUCUAUUUCAGGUCCAAGGCAUGCAUUCAGACGUGGCAAUGUUGAGCAAACCAAGUAUAUGCCGUGAGGCUUUGCGGAUUGUUAAUGAAGAAGGAUUCAGAGCUUUUUGGAAGGGAAACCUUGUCACUAUUGCUCAUAGGCUUCCGUAUUCUUCAGUCAAUUUUUAUGCCUAUGAACACUACAAGAAAAUCUUGAAAUCUAUUCCUGGCCUGGAUGGUAAUCAGGGAAAUGCGAGUGCAGAUGUAUUUGUGCAUUUUGUAGGUGGUGGGUUAGCUGGAAUGACAGCUGCUUCUGCCACCUACCCAUUGGAUCUUGUUAGGACAAGGUUGGCAGCACAGAGGAGUGCCAUGUAUUAUCAGGGCAUUAGCCAUGCUGUUCGUACCAUUUGCAGAGACGAAGGCUUCUUUGGGCUGUAUAAAGGACUUGGAGCAACAUUAUUGGGUGUUGGACCUUGUAUCGCAAUAAGUUUCUCUGUUUAUGAAUCACUGAGAUCUUAUUGGCUAGCUCACAGGCCUGAUGAUCCCACUAUUCUCGUCAGUCUUACUUGUGGAAGUCUUUCUGGAAUUGCAUCAUCCACUGCAACAUUCCCUUUGGACCUUGUAAGGCGAAGAAUGCAAUUGGAAGGGGCUGGUGGUCGAGCGCGUGUGUAUAACACUGGCUUACUCGGGGCAUUUAGGCACAUAGUUCGAACAGAAGGCUUUCGUGGGUUUUAUAGAGGCAUUAUGCCCGAGUACUACAAAGUUGUACCUGGCGUGGGAAUCGUAUUCAUGACAUACGAGACGCUGAAGAAACUUCUAUCUGAAUCACCCUUCAACUAAUGUCCAACUCAUAUUUCAAGAAAUGGUUUUGCGGCUUACUCCCCAUGCUGGAGAUGUCCUACUAGGAUCAGUUUUGUCUUACAAAGCUUGCUAGUUAGAAAAGUUUAAUAGGUAAUUAUAACUAUCUCACGGUGGUAACUAUUACUCCGUAUAUGUUACCAACUAACUUUUGUUGUAUAGACUAUUAAAGUGUCAAGCGUGGUCUCACAUCAAAUGCAUUUCUAGUUGAAACGUUGGUCCCGGAUACCUUCUGCAUUCGGCCCCGUUUAUUUUUUUUCCUGAUUGCUGUAUUAUAGUUUUUUUUUUUUUCCUGUGAGACAAAUUUUGUUAGGAGAUCAAUUUUCUUUAGCUUUGUAUUGACAAUGAAAUUCUUCGAUUUAAUUCCUAUAAUUUCUGGGGCA